CUAUUUUGAAAUUUUAUCUUCUAAACUAAUGUAGUGUUUUUAGUAUAUCAAAGAGAACUGAGUAACUAUAUAAGUGUGAUCCUUAGAUCAGGAAGGAGUUCUCUUCUUCAAGCUUUUUGUUUAACACGUCAAGUUUUACCCCGUUUGCACAUAUCCUAUACAUUCUAUUGUUAUACAGUCAUCGCUCUUUCACUUCCCAAGAUGCGUUUCUCUAUUAUUCCUCUUGCCCUAGCUAUGACUGCUAUUGCCUCCCCAGUACCAGACGAGGAAACGUAUCUAGCAUCCCGCGAUGUCAUACAUCAACUACAGCCCCGAUGGUGCCUCGCUAAAGGCGAUGGAUGUUCUUGGAGAACUAGGCCUUGCUGUCCCCCUAAUCGAUAGCAAGCAGCAGCAGCCGUGGCGUCGGUGGCCAAGAGCCCGUCUAGUUACUGGGGCCGUCCUUGAGGGCUACCUCGCGCAGCUCGAGGUCCUCACCCAGGCCCUCGAGCACCCCGAGCACUCCAUCCUCGAGAUGCCCUUCCACGCGGGUCCCGGAACCGCCUUCAUCCUCAAACCCCUCAGCCGUGACUCCGUCGUCCUAAAUUCCACGGACCACGAUGCCACCCCCGUUGUCAACUAUGCCACUGGCGCGAACCCUAUUGACUUCGAUAUCAUGGUCACCUACGUUGACUACUUCUACCGCCUGUACUCUGCCGACGCAUGGCAGGCGCAUGGAGAUGUCGAGGUCGCUCCAGGUGUUGAUGUCACCGAGCACGACGCCCUCAUCGAGUACAUCAAGAGGACCGUCAUCCAGUCACUUAUGCACCCUUGCUGCAUAGCUGCAAUGCUGCCCCGUGAGAAGGGCUGCGUCGUCGACUCGAGCCUUUCUGUCCACGGUAUCUCGGGCCUCCGUGUUGCCGACUGCUCCAUCAUCCUUACCAUCCCUGGUUCCCACACCACCACGACGGCGUACGCCAUUGGUAAGAAGGCUGCUGAGAUCAUCCACCGCCGGUGGAAGUCGAUGUAAGAUGUCUAGAAUCGGCUACCAUCGUCCAGACUGUACGGAAUUUUAGAUGAAAAAGGAUGAAAUGACUGCUCGGGUUCAUUCAGCGGAACUUGGAACAUUACUCAUUGCUAUUGCUACCGUCAUGUGGUUUUGUGGUUCGCCUAUCAGCCACCUCUUUUUUG